AUGGUGGCCAACAUCACACCAGAGUGUGAGCCUGGGACCUAUGGCCACUACUGUCGUUCAACCUGUGGCAAUUGCUCGGACGCUCGGCCCAUCUGUAACACGGUCACGGGCAAGUGUAACGCUGGGUGUAAGUCUGGACUUCAGCCGCCCUACUGCAAGAUUCCCUGCUCCUUUAACAGGUGGGGUAAAGACUGUGCCAAAAAGUGCUCUUGUAAAAAACCUCCCACACACUGUGGGUGUGAUCCCGUGAGUGGGGCGUGCAGUCCAUGUGAGGCCAAUGGGAAACCUGCGGUGGUUUACAGACAAGACAACAAACAACAAUGUAUCAACCAGUACGCCCUGGACCCAUCUAUUAAAGAGUACAAGCCGCCCAGCGCAACAGAUAUGCCAUACACGCCAAUACUAAUUGGUGCUGCUCUUCUGGCUCUAUUCAUACUCACCAACUACGUCUGGUGGUAUUUUGUGGUCCGCAAACCAAUGCCGGAAGAAGAACCAGUUGAAAUUUUCAGAGAAAAGAAACGAACGGGGCUAAUGAGCAAUAAGAUGCGUUUGUUGACAGAGAAGGCCAAAACUGAUCUGGACAGUUUGUGGGAAGCAGGCUGGGAGGAAACUCAGAUGAAUCGACUUGAUUCAGGGAGUAGCUAGUCACAGAGCUCUUCCACAGGGAACAGUUCAUUGUUAUAUCUUUAUUAAAGUGAUUGUGCAUUAAAAGGUUUUAC